AUGGCUGAACAGCACGUGUCGAGGAAAAAGAAGGCCGUCGCCGAUGGAGUUUUCAGGGCUGAGCUUAACUCUUUCCUGAUGAAGGAGCUCGCCGAAGACGGAUAUUCCGGCGUUGAGAUCCGACGCACCCCAAACCGCGCUGAGGUCAUCAUCAUGGCCACACGCACCCAGUCCGUUCUCGGAGAGCGCGGCCGCAGGAUUCGCGAGCUGACCUCUGUCGUCCAGAAGCGAUUCGGUUUCGAUGAGGGAUCGGUCGAGCUCUACGCCGAGAAGGUCAACAACCGAGGACUCUGCGCCGUCGCCCAGUGCGAAUCCCUCCGCUACAAGCUUGUCGGAGGCCUCGCUGUUCGUCGCGCUUGCUACGGAGUUUUGCGGUUCAUCAUGGAAUCUGGAGCACAGGGAUGCGAAGUCGUUGUCUCUGGCAAGAUCCGUGGUCAGCGUGCUAAGGCCAUGAAGUUCGUCGAUGGUAACAUGAUCCACUCCGGAAACCCAGUCAACGACUACAUCCAAGAGGCCGUUCGUCACGUCAACCUUCGUCAAGGUGUGCUCGGUAUCAAGGUCAAAAUCAUGCUUCCCCACGAUCCCCGCGGCCAGCUCGGACCCAGGAAUCCCCUUCCCGACCACGUCAAGAUCCAGGAUUGCGCUGAUGAGGAAAACCCCGCUGCUCCCCACUCCGAGCACAAGACCGAAAAGAAGGAAGUUGUCCCCCCAGCACAGCCGCAAAGUGUCCCGCAAGCCGCCUUC